UGGAGGAACAGGAACAAGGAGCUGGGCGCAGGUGGUCAGCAAACAACAAGCUUGGGAGUCCAAAAAGCAGUCAUGGGGACAGAAUCAACAAGGCUAUGGUCGGAAAAAGAACUUUUUUCACAACAAAGGGCAAAAGAAGUUCAGCAACAAAAAUUUCAAAGGGAACUUUUAUAUGAACAGGAACGAACAGUGUUGCUGCCAGCAAGGAACAAGAGCAUGGAAUGUGCAGAAAGGAGCUGGAGAGAGUUACCAGCAGCGCCACUGGAAAUAGGACAAUCAUUAACCAAAGUUGAGACUUCACGGAAAUUCUCUGGCACCUUAUUUUUUGCAGCAGUAAGAUGAGGAACACUGGUUUCUGCACACUCCUCCUGAGUUCACUGAUGAUACAUGCCGCAAUAUUACAGACUGAGUUUUUUGGUGAAAAGGAUGCUGGGCAGUCAAUAACCGUUCCAUGUAAAGUUACUUACAAAAACAAUGGAAUAUUCUGGCUGCGUCAACAUACAGGCAGUAAAGUGGAACACCUUAUUUGGCACAGGUUUCAAGAUAAAGAGGAGAAAUAUGUACCACAAGAAAUAAGUUCAAGAUUCAUUCCUUUAUUUGACAAGUCAGAAAAAACAUAUUUUCUGAAAAUAAAAGAUUUACACAUUGAAGACAGUGCAACUUACUACUGCUCAGACAUUUUUUCCUUCAUUGGCUUUACUAUGGAUGUCUCAGGUUCUGUUCCUCCAGCUCUUUUCUCCAUCUAUCCUAUCUUGGAUGACACCCAUGAACAAACUACUGUGACAAUAGGUUGCCUUGUAGUAAGUGGAGAUCCAAAAGUCUCAAUCAGUUGGAAUAUGGGAAGUGCUCUGCAAUUUCCUGCUGUGUUCAAUAAAAAGUCGAAAUCGUUUUCUGCAGCUAGUUAUCUUACUGUAGGAGCUGAUGACUGGAAUCAAGGGACACCUUACACAUGUUCUGUGAAUGGGAACCAAACAAGAACUAUAAAGAGAAAAGGCGCUCCACAAGAGUCAUCCUUAGGAUGGUGGGUCGCAGCUGCCCUGGGAGCUAUGCUUGUCCUGAUGACAGCUGCCUUCAUUACUUACCUACACUUUAAUAAGUCAGGUGGCAAGCAGCAUCAGCUGGCAUACAUUGCAGAGGAGACUGCAGCUAUUACUGAAGCAAACAUACAGCACCAUGUGGUGCUGUUCUGCCGAAGCCAACAAAAUCUGUGGGAGCGGACUGACCUGUGGGGUGACCUUGCCCACAGAGUGGAACACCUUCGCCACCAUGGCUGCACAUAUGAUCAGGUCAGGCAUCGGGUCAUUUGUGUUUUGAAAAGAAUGACCUAA